AGAAAAGAUAAAAGAAAAAUAUCCUGAAAUAUAUAAAGAAACAAAGAAAUGGAUAAUAAAAAUUAAAAAGUUUAAAAACAAUAAUGAAUUUAAUUUGAAAAUAGCCUCCAUAAUCAGAGAAGAGACAG